AUGAGGAGUAAAAUUCUUUCUAUCUGUGAUGAGGAAGGGACCAGGUUGGAGGAGCCUAUGGCUGUGAAGACUGAAAUUUUGCGUUUCUAUCAGCAGUUACUUGGUACUAAGUUUGAUCAGAAGUGGGAUUCUUCCAAUUUUCAAGCUUCUUCUAAAGUUCCAAAUGACCUCAAGGUUGGUUUGACUCAACAUGUCACAGCUGAGGAAGUGAGAACAGCUAUGUUUUCUAUUAAUGGGGAUAAGUCCCCUGGUCCAGAUGGCUUUAAUGCUCGUUUUUAUCAGAAAAACUGGAGUGUAGUGGGAUGUGCCAUAAAGAUUGACCUUAUGAAGGCGUACGACUCGGUAGACUGGGAGUUUUUGUUUGAUGUAAUGACUGCCACGGAGUUCCCUCCUCUCUAUAUUUUUUGGAUUAAGCAGUGCGUCACUUCUGCUAUGUUUUCUGUGAUGAUUAAUGGACAGCUGGAAGGUUUCUUCAAGGGUGAGAACGGUUUGAGACAAGGUGACCCUAUCUCUCCUUAUCUUUUUCUUUUAGUAAUGGAAGGUUUCUACUCUAUUCUUGAGAGGAAGAUUGUAGAAGGGCAAUUCACUUACCAUCCUCGUUUUAGCAUUCUGUCUCUUUCGCAUUUAGUUUUUGCUGAUGAUUUAUUCCUCAUGGCUGGUGCUAAUUGUCUUUCAAUUGCUGUGGUUAAAAGUUCCUUGGAUGAUUUUUACCACCUUUCUAGAGCUUUAUUGAUUCAAUCGGUUCUCUUUAGCAUACAGAGUUAUUGGUGCUCUCUUUUCAUUAUGCCUCCAAAACUCUUGAAGGAAAUUGAGGCUAUGCUGAGGGAUUUCUUAUGGACUGGUCUUGAAUUAAGAAGUUCUGGUGCGAAGGUUAGUUGGGGUCAAGUUUGUACUCCUAAAAGUGAGGGGGGACUGGGAUUUAGACCCUUAAAGUUGUGGAACAAGGCUUCUAUGCUUAGACACCUCUGGGCAAUUUGCAAAAAAGCAGAUACAAUGUGGGUUAAGUGGAUUCAUAGUUAUGUUAUAAAAAAUCAGUGCUUUUGGCAUAUGAAUACUCCUAUUGAUUCAUCCUGGACUAUGAGGAAGCUGUUACAGCUAAGGGUUUUGGCUCAAGGCAUGGUGAAGCAUGUGGUUGGCAAUGGUCAGAAUACUUGGGUUUGGCUUGAUAACUGGCACCCUAUGGGUCCACUCUAUAAGACCCUUGGUGAGGUGGUAGUGUUUCAUUUAGGGCAGUCUCUAUCUGCAAAGGUGAGUUCAAUUAUUGUGAAUAAUAGCUGGCAUUGGCCUAGGCCUCGGAAAAGAAUUACUCAGCAUUUUAUGGCUAACACUCCUAGUUCCUUCUUGCCUAACCUUGACAAGGAUGAUGACGUUAUUUGGACCCCCUCUCCUAGUGGACAGUUUUGUAUGUGGUCCACUUUGAAGGCUAUGAGACCUCCUGGGGUAAAGAUGUCGUGGACUUCAGUGGUUUGGUUCCCUGGUAGGGUACCUAAAUGCCACAAGUCCUUUCAAGCUGAGAUAAUUAAACUCUCCUUUUCAGUUGUAAUCUACUACCUAUGGUUGGAAAGGAAUGCCAGGGUGUUUGGUAGGGGUGUGAAGUCUAUUAAUAUGUUGAAUGAAGCAAUCACAGCUGGUGUUCGGGCCAGGGUGUGUUCGUGGAAGGAUCAUUGCAGAACUGAAGCCAAGAAGGAGAUAUGUUUGAGAUGGGGGAGCUUUGGUUUCUGGUUUCUGUGCAAGGACUGA